ACGCCGCCCGCUCAUGGAAACGCCACACUUGGGUUGACCCGAUUGAUAGACUGGUUAUAUUCCAACAGGGUCUGAGACAUAAACACUGGCAGCAUCACCAUGUUCCUCAGGUCUCUCAUCUCCGGCUACAGGGCUGCAGCCACCGAUUUUGUAAGAAAUCGGGCAUUAUUACAGGUUACAGAUGGCAAUCCAAUACGAUGUAGUUUGGUUACCAGCACAAAAUUACAGUGCAAGGCCAGCGAGGAAGAGACGAUGGUUGAAGAACAUGAUCCGACCAAAGACCGUUCAAGAGUCAUUCCAUUGGAGACAAGCUUGAAGUACAUGAAGAGUGAAGCUUAUCAAACUACGUAUGGUUCUGAGCCGGUAUGGAAAAAGUAUCGUCGAAACUUUAAGGGUGGCCUUCCUCCACGAAAAACCAGGAAGACAUGUAUACGUGGGAAAAUGAUUUCUACUGGAAACCCAUGUCCAAUUUGUCGGGAUGAAUUCCUUGUCUUGGACUAUCGUAAUGUUAAUUUGUUGAAUCAGUUUAUCGCAGAACACACUGGGGCAAUAAUUUCUUAUCAGAAAACAAACCUCUGUCAAAGGCGUCACAAGGAACUGCAAGUGGCUGUAGAAAAAGCUCGUGACUAUGGUCUCCUAACCUACGAUGUUCCCUUACGCGAAUAUGAUUAUUCCGAGUACUACAAUCCUGCUGAGCAUGAAAACGUAUAAACCUCUUGAAAAGUCUCCAUGGAUUAUAUAAUUAUUUGCUGUAUAAUAUGUUGUAAUUCUACUUUCUUGUUAGCUGCCAUAGUGAUUCUUGUAAUAUAUAUACACUACUGUACAGUUGAGUCUCUGUUAAACAAAACUGCUUGAAACUAAUCAGAGUGCUAGUUAAGGGCUAUUUUGGCAUAUGAUUUCCUGUACCCUGAAACCAGAAUCCUAGCCUAACAUGACAUAACUUUAUCA